AUGCAUUUAGGUUGCAAUGGAACAUGAGGAGACAUUGGCAAAUAUGGCUAGGAACACACGCCAGGGUCAAACGAAUCGACGAACUGGUAAUAGCAAUCGACGAGGGAAUGUGACUAAUAAUGGUAGUGGUUCACAAGCAGUCGGAGGAAAUCAGGAGCAAGAGUUGGGACACCAAGAACAAGCUGCAAUCCCCAAUAAAAUUGAAAUGGUUCAAGUGCUUCAAACGUUGGCCGGGGUGGUGCAACAACAAACCACCAUAGGGAAUAACUUGACUAGACUUAUGGAGCAACAACAGCGGAUGCAGCCAGGUGUUGGGCCACAACCAAGGCCACGUUGUAACAUUACCGAGUUUAAGAAGAUAGCCUUGGCAUUUGACGGAGCCACAGACCCUUUGGAGGCUGAAAAAUGGUUGACAGAAAUGGAGAAGUUGUUUCCCGUUUUUGAGUGUACGGAUGAUCAGAAGGUGACCUAUGCUACGUUUAUGCUACAAGGGAUAGCUAAUGAUUGGUGGCAGAUGGAGAAGCGCAUACACGAGCAUGAUGCCAACCCCUAUACAUGGGAAAGGUUUAAGAAGGCAUUCAAUGAGAAAUACUUCCCUAGGAGUGUUCGUCUACAAAAAAAAAAGGGAAUUUUCGAAGUUAGAGCAAGGGAAUAA